AUGGCCGUCCGCCACCAGUCCUCGUCCGCCUCUCCCUCGAGCGUCACCCUGGACCCCAUGACGGGCGAGGCCACCGGCCUCAAGCGCCUCGCCGCCUCGGAGCUCAUCCUCGAGCGCACAAACGCACCCCGCACCCCUCCCCCCUCGCAGUCGCUCGUCUUUGGCGCAAACUUUGCAGACCACAUGCUCAGCAUCCCCUGGAACAGCGCUUCCGGAUGGGCUCCCCCCAAGAUCCACCCCUACGCCCCCCUCCAGCUCGAUCCAUCCGCCGUCAUCUUCCACUACGCCCCAAGCCUCUUUGAGGGCAUGAAGGCCUACAAGGACGUCAACGGCAAGGUCCGCCUCUUUAGACCCGACAUGAAUAUGAAGCGCAUGAACAUGAGCGCAGCCAGAAUCGCCCUGCCCACGUUUGACGGCGAGGAGCUCACCGAGCUCAUCAAGAAGCUCGUCGCCCUCGACAAGGCCUGGAUCCCGUCCGAGCCCGGCCACUCGCUCUACAUCCGACCCGCCAUGAUCGGCACCGAGGCCGCGCUCGGCGUCCACCCGACAAAGGACGCCCUCCUCUUUGUCAUUUCGUCGCCCGUCGGACCCUACUACAAGACCGGCUUCAAGCCCGUCGCCCUCGAGGCCGACCCGUCCAAGGUCCGCGCCUGGCCCGGAGGAACGGGCCACUACAAGCUCGGCGGCAACUACGCCCCAGGCAUCCUGCCCCAGAUGGAGGCGGCCAAGCGCGGCUACCAGCAGAACCUGUGGCUCUUUGGCGAACAGGAGCUCCUCACCGAGGUCGGCACCAUGAACCUCAUGGUCGUCAAGAAGAUGGCCGACGGCGGCAUCGAGCUCAUCACACCCCCGCUGAAUGGCAUGAUCCUGCCGGGCGUGACGCGCGACUCGAUCCUGCACAUUGCGCGCGACCACGUGUCGGGCAAGCACAAGCUCGACUCGCUCCCCUCGAAGCUGACGGUGUCGGAGCGCGAGAUUACCAUGAAGGAGGUCGUCGACGCCUCGGCCGAUGGCUCGCUGCUGGAAAUCUUUGGCGCGGGCACGGCGGCCAUUGUGUCGCCCGUCGACCGCAUCGGAUACAAGGGCAGCGACAUCCACGUGCCCGUCACCGAGGGCGGCAGCGGGCCCAUUGCCAAGGCCAUGCUCGACCGCAUCACCGACAUCCAGCUCGGACGCGUCGAGCACGAGUGGAGCGUCGUCUUUGACGAGACGGCAUAG